UGUUGUAUCUAGUAAUGCUGUAUUUAGUAGUGCCGUAUCUAGUAAUGCUGUAUCUAGUAGUGCCGUAUCUAGUAAUGCUGUAUCUAGUAGUGUUGGUAAUGCCAUAUCUAGUAAUGCUGUAUCUAGUAAUAAGAUGAGUAACGAUGACGAAUAUGAUUAUCUUUUUAAAGUUGUUUAUGAUAUUGUCAAAUAUACAACAUAUAAAAAUGUUGAACGCUGGUUGAAAGACUUAAGAGACUAUGCUGACAGUAAUAUUUUCAUUAUGCUUGUUGGAAAUAAGAGUGAUUUAAAAUAUUUACGAACAGUUUCUACUGAAGAAGCCAAGCAAUUUGCUG